CCAAAUAUUUCAAAAUUUUAACCCAAAAUAAGAUCAAAUUAAUGUUUUAUUGAAUGGGUUUGUAAACUGAUCACACCUAUGGAGUAAAUGAACGAUUAUAAGUUAUAACUUUAUUACACAGUGGAAGAUGUAUGAUAUAUAACGACGUGACCAACCAUCCAUUAUCAGUGACAUCAGCGAGUAAAGCUCUACUUCACUUGAGUUACAAACAUGUUGUUCAUAUUCACUCCAUGUCAUGUUUGUGGAUAGACGCCUAUUUUUGUUAUGACGUGAACAAGAUGAAUAUUGACUGUAGAAGAAAAAGAUUCUAGAUACAGAACUGGAAAGAUUUUGAAUAAGCAUAUUUCCAUUGCAAUGUCGAACUUGACUCGCUACUAUAGGCUAUGAAAUGAUAUCGAUUCAUUUUACUAGUGUUUCUUUCGUGGACUUGAUUACGUACCAUGAUCACUAAUUCGAGAGAGAGAGAGAGAGAUCAAUUUUUCAUCAAAAGACAAAGAGUUCCAAUUUUUGGUUUCUACUAUAGUCUAUUGUGUUAUACCAACGCUAUUUACUUAAAUAGUUCAUUAUUAAAGGUUACUCCAUUGCAAAAUCACAUACACUCAAUUAUCACAGAACCAUCAAGUAAUGGAUUGUCAUUUCUUUUGUAUAUCAAUUCAGGCCACCACCUUAUGAAAUCACACAUGAUCAAUUAACUAAUAACUUUCUUUGUCUUUACUUAUUACUGUAGUAUUUUAACUUAGUUCAACUUAUACCUAAUUCAUCCUCCAUUAAACUGAAUUAGAUUAGAGUUAGAAAACAUAGAUCAUUGUUAAAAGGGAUCUCCCAUUGGAUAAGACCAAUGUCCGAAGAUCAGUGCCCUGUCAAUGUCAAAGUACAAAAACACAAGACGAGUUGUUUACCCUUAAAGCCAAACAUUUGAUUGUUGACACGUUGAUUUUUGGAUUUUUUAGCAUUGUGGAAUACUAGACUCGUCCAUAUGAAAAUAUGUCAGAAUGUGGUGUCAUCUUUUUAUAUUAUUUUGUUUAAGAAACAAAGUAUAUGCUUCUGCUAAUUAACUGAUUGACAAACAGAUUGGAUCUAUCCAUCGACUAUAUUAAUUAAAUUGUGAUUAUAUUGCUCAUAGAUAUUAAAGUAAUCUUGUGAACAUGCUAUUCUAUGAUAUGGAUAGAUUUGGAUGUCUCUAGUCGCAUUACCACAAACAUAAUGAGAGUUGAAGUUCUAAAAGAGACAAACUAAUAAAGUUUAAUGUCAUGAAAUGAUAAUUGUGUACAAGAAAAUACCUAAAAAGAGUAUAUAUUUUAUAUCUGUUAAUACCUUUUUGGGAUUUGGUGAGAAAUAAAAAGAAGAUUUGAUUUAGAAGUGAGUUGGAGGUGAUGCAUGUUCACUAGGCUUUUGUCGGAAAAGCUGAGAAAACUACAAGACUUCUUAAACAUAUUUUAAUUUUAUUUGAUAUGUACUCACACUUUUACUUCUAAGUUCUAACGAAGACAUCUUAAAAUCUUAAAUUGUCAGCAAUACAUUGCUCAACGAAAACGGUAGCUCAAGUUUCAUGGCAAGACUAAAACCGAAAAAGCCUUUGCACCAGACCAUGUAACUAAGGGGCUGUUAAUGGAGCUUAGAUUUCUAUAGAGUUUGUUAGUUUGUUUGAUUUAAAAAAUUGAAAGAUUUGUUAAAUUUGGAAAGAAUAAAAAAGAAUUUUGUAUAAUGUAAAAAUCUAUGAAAAUAAAGUAUUAUAAUGAUUUUAAAAAUCUAAGGGACACAUAUUUAGCAUUUUCAAAAUUUUGUUUUGUGAGUUUAAAAGUUAAGAUACAACUCCCAAUAACACUUAUUUUUAAUAGAUUUAAAGAAUCAUAAAAAUAUAAUUUUUAAUAACCAAAGAUUUUGUAUAGAAUUAUAAGAGCAUCUCCAAUGUAAAACUCCAUUUUUUCCUCUAAAAUAGAGUAAAAGUGAAAAUGGAGUAAAAUUGCUUCAUUUUCCACUCCAUUUCCUAUUCCAUAAUGGAGUGAUGAACAAACAAAAAAGUAGAUUACUCUAUUUGUGGAGUAAAUUUCAUUAUGGAGUGGGAUAUGAAGUUGGGUUAGAGCAUUCCUUACUCGAGGUGGGGUGGAUUUUCACAUACCUAAAUUGACAUAAAGACGAUAGGUUCUUAUUGGGGUAUUUUACUUCAUAUACACCAUAAAGACGAUAGGUUCUUAUUGGGGUAUUUUACUUCAUAUUAUAUGGUUUGAUAUUAGUACUCCAAUGUCUUUAAGAUUCUUAUUUUGAAACCGGGUAAAUUAAUUGUUUGACAUUACCAAACGCAAACAUUACACUGCAUGUCACUGACAAAAGGAACAGAUUGUCGCGGAUUUAUUGCAAAUUCUGUCACAAAUUAAUAUGAGGAACAUACGUGAUUAUGUUGCAUGCAGUAAUAAUUUUUUGCUUGCAGUAAUUUUUUUUUUUUUGCUCGCAGUAAUCUUAUAGGUUGCUUGCUUUACUAUUAAAAGUUUCGUGUUAGUUUUUUUUCUGUGAUACCGUUUCUAAGCGAUUGAUGACAAGAUGAGUGCUAACGUAGAUAACUGAUGAUUAAAGAAGACGCAAAGUUUGGCGUUUCUUUAGAGUUUUGGUUUGAGCCCUCACAUGCGCGUAUGAACCGUCCAACAUCAAAGUAACUAACGUGCGCUUCGUAUCAAAGUUAACACAGAUUUGACCAAAUAUCAUAUAUCUAAAUUAGAUAAUCUAAUACACAUUCAUCUAUUCCCAUUCAUAUAUACGAGUCCAUGUGAAUUGGAUACAUGCACCGUGAUAAUGUAGUAUAAAGUGGUACCUUGACCGUGUAAAAGCAAGAGUCAUUAAAGUAUUAAGCAAUAGUAUCUAUUGUACAAAGUCAAAAACCCUCAACACAGACUUACAAUAUACAUCAUCAGCAAGUAAUUAAAUACAAUAUUACAAAUCAACUUGAUCUAUCAUAACAUGUUGUGUUUCCAUCUUCUCGGCCGAACAAGAAUAUCACUCUAUAUAUUUCAUAAUUCCCAAAAUUCUAACAUAUUCUCCCUCAGUCUCUUCUUGUGUCUUCAUACGAAAACAUCAAACCAAGAACCCGCAUAUAGUGAAUCAAGAACAUAUAUAGCAUAACUCAAACACCAUAAGGAUCAUUGGUGGAUGUCAUGGAGAAUGAUAUAGGCAAGAAAGGAUCGCCAUCAAUGUCGAGAAACUCAUCGAUCGGAUACUACUAUCAGCGGAGGUCGGAGGGUGUACCGUUCAAGUGGGAAAUGCAGCCAGGGACUCCAAUUAAUACUCAGACCACGGAGAUGAUUCCUCCUCUCAGUCCUCCCCCGGCUAUGCUCAGCCUCGGCUUCCCAAAGCCAUCCAUCUCGGUCGAAGAGCCAAAGCACUCUGUGUUUCCAGCGAAGCUGAAGUUGCGGAAAUGGAAAUAUAUACGUUGCAAGAAAUAUUUCUCUAGAUUGGCUAACAAAAUGGUUUUGCCUUCGAUUCGUUUGUACCCUGAGAAACGGUAGAUGGCCACAAAUGAAUAAAGCAUAUCAAAAUAGGCCGCGUUAAUAUCCUAUUCGGUCAAUCAACAUAGUUUAGUUUCUAAUUUUUUAUUACCUAAACAAAAUGAUUAUUUUUUUUGUUAAAAAUAAAUAAAAUAAAGUCCUAGCAAAAAAAAUAAUAAUAAAAAAAAUAUAUAUAUAUAUACAACGCAAAAUUCUGUUUGUUUUCA